AUGAAUCCUUUGAAAGCUCUCUUUGUGGUAGCCUUGUUGGCUGGCGCAGUUUGUGGCAAUCGCCAUCAAUCGUCGUCGCCGUCCUCUUCAUCUUCUAUGAAACCAUCGCAAUGGUUGUCCCACUCCCAAUUGCAAAAGAUACCCGCCUUAGAUGAAGUUUCCAUCAAGAAAUUGGAAAAUAUGCCACUGGAAGAGGGUGCCAAAUUGUUGAAGACUGUUUACCAUGUCUCUCAAAUCAACAGCCCCUUGCCCAAAAACUAUUCACCCAAACCCAGCAGUGUUCCCGUGUACAUUGUUAAAUCGAAUGGCCAAAAGGAAUCCACCACCUUGGACAAAUUCGCCCAAACUGCCAAUCAAGAGUCCAACUUCGGCAAACAAGAAGUUACGAUCUUCAUUACCGGUCUACCCUCCAGCAGCUCUGAAUCGGUUGAAAAGGCCAAUCGUGAACUAGUCGAAGCCUACAUGGAACGUUACAAUGUGCAAAGACAAAAGCCCCGCUCAUACGAUUACAGCAGCGAAAAGAAUUCGGAACGCGACUCCAGCUCGGAAUGGGAAACACCCAAACAAGCCUCCGGAAGUUUGGUGAUCAUCGAUUUGGGAGAAAAGCUACACAACUUGAAAGAACACGCCAUGUUGGAUGUAUCCGAAGUUGGUGCUAAAAUUGCCCGUGAAAUAACCAAAUUGGAUUGCCGCAAGGACAUCAUUCACAUUGUUGCCCAAAGCACUGCUGCCCAUGUGGCCGGCGAAUGUGGCAAGGAAUUCAAACGCUUGACUGGCAACAAAUUGAACCGUAUCACCGCUUUGGACCCCGCAAAAUUGGCCUCUCAAGAUCCCGAAACAUUGAACGGUUUGGCCCGCGGCGAUGCCAUCUUUGUUGAUGCCAUUCACACCUCCGCCCAUGCUAUGGGUACACCCAACCGUGUUGCCAACGCCGACUUCUAUCCCAACGGUCCAUCCGAAAGUGUUCCCGGUGCCAACAAUGUUGUUGAAGCCUGUAUGCGUGCCACUCGCUACUUUGCCGAAUCUGUACGUCCCGGUAAUGAACGUAACUUCCCAGCCGUUGAAUCCAACUCUUUCGAGAGCUACAAGAGCAAAAAGGGUUACGGCAAACGUGUCUAUAUGGGUAUCGAUUGUGAUGAAGACUUGGAGGGUGAUUACAUUUUGGAAGUUGAUUCGAGCAAACCUUUCGGUAAACGUGCCCCAGCCCAUAACUUCAAGUCAUCCGAAUCAUGGAAGAUAUCAUCGCCAUAUUCACGCGUUUAA